UAUAUUAUUUUGUUUAAAGUAAAUUUUAGAUCUUUAGAUUUUUCUCCAUAGAUGGCGUCACUCUUAAUGAAAACAAUAACCUUACAAAAAAAAUGACGUAACAAAACAUAACCUCAAAGUUUCAAUUUAUCGCAUUGUGAAGAGAAUUCUGAAAAAAAUGUUCAAAAAGCCGUUCCGCGUGAAAUCAAAUACACCAAUAAAAAGCUCCGAACGAAAAUCACUCAAAGAAUCUAUUCGAAAGCACCUUCCCUUAUUAAGUGGAACAGACGUUGAUAAUCUUUUCCCGAAGAAAGAAAACGCAUCUUGUAUGAAAAUCAUCACCUCAGAUAAUAUAAUUGUACAAGUUUAUGUAGUUCAAAAACGUGCUGUUGCUUUUGAAUAUAACUCGAUUAUUUACCCAACUGUUUAUGUAUUAUGGAAGUAUGAUAAUAUAGCGUUGAAUUUCACAACGAAUUCGUUUGUCUUUUCAAAAAUAUCUGGUGGGGCUGAUUUAAUGUUACCAGGAGUGAGUUUAAAUCCAAGCGGUUAUGGCAUUUUCACCCAAAAUCAAAUAGCCAGUAUUAAUACUGUAGAAAAUAAAGCUUGUUUAGCUGUUGGCGUUACGGCAAUGUCCUCAGAUCAAAUACAAAUACAUGGAAAAGGAAAAUGUGUUAUCGUUUACCAUUUUUAUGGUGACAAUUUGUGUACUAUUGAAGAUAUGCCUCUUCAAAAAUUACCAUUAUUUGGACCUCCCGCUUGGUUAACAACUGAAAAUAUCGAAGAAUCCGUUAAUGAUGAAACCACUGAAGAAGAAAUUGAAAGCACUGAAGCUACCAGUUCAGCAACAAUAGUUUCUUCAUCAAAUGAUGAUACGGAUAAGUUAUUAAUGGACUGUUUUUUAACUGCCAUUAAAUAUUCAAAAACUAUCGAAUUACCCAUAUUAACAUCUUCGUUUUAUAAAUCACAAGUUUUAUCGGUGUGUCCACCCGAUAAAGUGUUAGAUAUUAAAAAAACUAGUUUUAAGAAAGUUGGGGUGUUUCUUAAACAAAUGUGUAAGGAAGGAGUUAUUGAUAUUAAAGAAAAGAAAAAAGGAGUUGAAACACUCGAAGGGAUUAAUCGAGAUCAUCAAAUGUUAAAAGAAUUUUAUGUUGAGAUUGAUAAUCGUCCUAAACCACAACAAGACAAACCUGAUGCAAAAACCGAUGUGCCAAAUCGAAAUAUCAUCGAAACUUAUGCCAUUACAAGUUCCACAGAACCUAUAUUUAAGGAAUUUCAAUUAAAAAAAAAUGAUACGUUAACAAAAUUAGAAAUAAGAAAAUAUAUAACAGAAUAUGUAAAAAGUCAUAAUUAUCAGAACGAAGACAACAAAAGAUUUGUUAAAAUUGAAGGUGAUUUAUCGCAUAUUUGUAAAGGUGAAGCGAUGGUGACUUGGGAAGAAUUAAUGGAGAAGAUUUGCGCUUCAAUGAAACAGUGCUUUAAGGUAACAACAGGUGUUGAGGAAAUAGUAUCAAAAGGUAAGUUAGAACCCAUUGUAAUGACCGUACAAAGACGGGGCGGUAAUAAAAAAGUGACGCUCAUUGACAAUUUGGAACUUUACGGUAUACGUAUCGGCGAGUUUGCCAAAGAAUGUCAACAUGGUGUAGCGGCUAGCACUAGUAUUAGUAGACCACCUGGGAAAAAAUGUGAGGAACUUUUAGUACAAGGCAAUCAGGUCUUAUUUGUUUAUAAUUUAUUAAUCGAUAAAUAUAACAUCCCAAAAAAAUAUAUCAGGGGCUUAGAAAACGCGCCUAAAAAGAAAUAAGCGCCCCGUUUUUUACGGUGUUACUGUGAUAUUUAUGAACGUUGGAUGUCUUUGUGUGCCUGAAAAUAUAAUUGUUUAACGGAAAAAUUAAUAAAAUUGAAGGAUAAUAAUAUUAAUAAUAAAGAAUUGAAAAUAGUUUAAGACAUAUUUAUUGAAAUAAACAUUCACUGCAAUACAAAUUGCAAUUUGUGAGGAAUAAAAUAGAAUUCUGUUUAUAAAAUAAAUAAGUUGGGCGAAUAAA